AUGCACAUUCUCUCACUUGGCGUUUUCGCCCUUCAGGCGGCUUCCACUGUUCUCGGCAACCCACUCCCUCAGACCGAUGACGGGGCCGCUGCUGCUGCCGAGAAUGUCGAUCAGCUCACGGCUCUCGCUCAGGCUGCAUACCAGAAGUCGGAAGAGAUGAUCCAAAGUGGAGAGAUCCAGAAGCGUGGAAGCUCCUGCUCUCUUGGAAACAUCAAAAUCCGCAAAGAAUGGGGUUCGUUGCAAAGACAAGAAAAGCUCGACUACAUCAAAGCCGUGCAAUGCCUUCAGUCAAAGCCUGCCCUGACCCCUUCCGACAUUGUUCCUGGUGCUAAGAGUCGGUUCGAUGACUUCGUUGCCACACACAUUAACCAGACUUUCACCAUCCACUACACCGGCACGUUUCUGUCCUGGCACAGACGUUUCACUUGGUUGUACGAGGAGGCGCUUAGAGAAGAAUGUGGCUACAAGGGCACCCAGCCCUAUUGGGACUGGGCAAAGACCGCCGUAAAUGGUGUCGAUAGCUCUCCCAUUUUUGAUGGCACCGAGACAUCAAUGUCUGGCAAUGGAGAGUUCAUCCCUGACCAGGAAGACAUCAUCCUUACCAACCCUGACGGAUCGGAAGCCGCUCGCCUUCCAACCGGAACUGGAGGUGGCUGCAUUACAUCCGGUCCUUUCAAGAAUAUGUCUGUGAACCUUGGCCCUUUGGCUCUCUCUCUUCCGGGCGGAGGCAGUGAAACAAACCCAGACGGAUUCUUUGCCUAUAAGUACUCGAACGCUUCCGCAAUCCUGCACAACAUCCUGGUUCCUCAGAACGUAGGCAAGUUCCAAGUUGAGAUGCAGGGAGAUCCCGAGUCGGGUACCAUGGGCAUGGGCAUCCACGGAGGUGGUCAUUUCGUGAGUGACCCUGGAAGAGACUUUUUCGUAUCGCCCGGUGAUCCCGCUUUCUACCUGCAUCAUGCGCAGAUUGAUCGCGUCUGGUGGAUGUGGCAGAUGCUGUCACCCAACGCUCGUCAGUUCGCCGAUGAUGCCGUCAUGGGAACUAACACAUUUUUGAACUCGCCUCCAAGUGCCAACACAACUCUUGACGAAGUUCUCGAGUAUGGAUACGCUGCCGGUCCUCCUAUCAAGAUUCGUGACACGAUGAGCACUCUUGCUGGCCCUUACUGCUACAUCUACUUGUGA